CCAGGAAGCCUCCUCUUCCUCCUCCUCCUCUUCCUCCUCGGUGACAGCUUUCUCUGCCUCUCCAUCCGAGCGAGUGGAGGAGGCGAGGUGCGCCGGGACCGCACCGGGAAUCGCCUCGUUAUCUUCACCGGGAGGGAGAGGAGCGGGGAAACCGAGGUAGCCUCCCCACCCGGGCCAGGAGAAGCCAGCCAUGCCCUCCUAAAAAGCAGACCCUCCCGAGCAGAGGCACCUUCCCUUCUCCGCCUUUGCACGCCUCCUCUUUCCCCGAGAGGGGCGCGUAAAAGUGCCCGGGCGCACUCGCCUUCGCCUCUCGUCCAAGGCGCCGGAUCUCCUGCUUCUCCUCUCGCUUUCGCUGCCCUUUCCUGGGGGACGCUGGUCGGAGGAAGGAAGCGUUGAAGGAAGGAAGGAAGGAAGAAGGAAGAAGAAGGAGGAGAAGAGGGAAAGGGUGCCGCUCCUCUCCAUUGGCAGCAGCAGCAGCAGUAGAAGCGCAAGCAGGGCGCAUGAGAGGGAGAGGCUGGAGGUCUCCAUACAGGGACCCUCGCUUCCCACCCAGCCGAAGACGGAGGGCUUGCUGAGCUUGUGGGGCAGCAGGAGAGGCCGGAGCCCGAAGCCAGCGCCGUGGGUUUCUUCCCUGGGGCCGUUUUUCCUCGGUGGAGGAGCCCCCCACUCAACAUGGCGAGUGAUUCUCCAGCGCGGAGCUUGGACGAGAUCGAUCUCUCCGCCUUGAGGGAUCCUGCAGGCAUCUUUGAACUGGUUGAACUUGUUGGCAAUGGGACCUAUGGACAAGUCUAUAAGGGUCGUCAUGUUAAAACUGGGCAGCUUGCAGCUAUCAAAGUUAUGGACGUCACUGGGGAUGAAGAAGAGGAGAUUAAACAAGAAAUUAACAUGCUGAAGAAAUAUUCUCAUCACCGAAAUAUUGCCACUUAUUAUGGUGCAUUCAUUAAAAAGAACCCCCCAGGAAUGGAUGAUCAGCUCUGGCUGGUGAUGGAGUUCUGUGGCGCUGGCUCUGUCACUGAUCUGAUCAAGAACACAAAAGGGAACACUUUGAAAGAGGAGUGGAUUGCCUACAUCUGCAGGGAGAUUUUACGGGGUUUGAGCCAUCUCCACCAGCACAAAGUAAUCCAUCGAGAUAUUAAGGGACAGAAUGUUUUGCUGACAGAAAAUGCAGAAGUAAAGCUAGUGGAUUUUGGAGUCAGUGCUCAGCUUGACAGGACAGUUGGCCGAAGAAAUACAUUCAUUGGGACUCCAUACUGGAUGGCCCCUGAGGUUAUUGCCUGUGAUGAAAACCCUGAUGCCACAUAUGACUUCAAGAGCGAUUUGUGGUCUUUGGGGAUAACAGCUAUUGAGAUGGCAGAAGGAGCUCCACCCCUUUGUGACAUGCAUCCCAUGAGAGCGUUAUUCCUCAUUCCUCGGAAUCCAGCUCCCAGGUUGAAAUCAAAGAAAUGGUCAAAAAAGUUCCAGUCCUUCAUUGAAAGCUGCUUGGUAAAGAAUCAUGGCCAGAGGCCCACCACUGAACAGCUGAUGAAGCACCCAUUUAUUCGAGACCAGCCUAAUGAAAGGCAAGUCCGCAUCCAGCUGAAGGACCAUAUUGACAGAACAAAGAAAAAACGUGGGGAGAAAGAUGAAACGGAAUACGAGUACAGUGGAAGUGAGGAGGAAGAGGAAGAAAAUGACUCUGGAGAACCCAGCUCCAUCCUAAAUCUGCCUGGUGAGUCAACAUUAAGACGGGACUUCUUGAGGCUUCAACUUGCAAAUAAAGAGCGGUCAGAGGCCCUUCGUCGGCAGCAGCUGGAGCAGCAGCAACGGGAGAAUGAAGAACAUAAACGUCAACUGUUGGCAGAACGGCAAAAGAGGAUUGAAGAACAGAAAGAACAGAGACGGAGGCUAGAAGAGCAGCAAAGGAGGGAGAAAGAGUUAAGGAAACAGCAAGAAAGAGAGCAGCGCCGACAUUAUGAAGAGCAAAUGCGCCGAGAAGAAGAGAGAAGACGUGCUGAGCAUGAGCAGGAAUACAUCAGGCGACAGUUAGAGGAAGAACAGAGGCAGUUAGAGAUCCUGCAGCAACAAUUAUUGCAGGAACAAGCUCUACUUCUGGAAUAUAAGCGCAAACAGUUGGAAGAGCAGCGGCAAGCAGAGCGGCUCCAGCGGCAAUUGCAACAAGAGCGGGACUAUCUGGUUUCCCUCCAGCAGCAGCAGCAACAACAACAACAGCAACAGAGGCAGGAACAGAGACCGGCGGAAAAGAAAGCCCUAUAUCAUUACAAGGAGGGACUCAAUGCCACAGAGAAGCCUGCUUGGGCCAAAGAGGUUGAAGAGCGUUCCAGACUCAACCGGCAGAGUUCUCCUGCAAUGCCUCACAAGGUGGCCAACAGGAUAUCAGAUCCAAACCUCCCUCCUCGUUCAGAGUCCUUUAGUAUUAGUGGGGUACAGCCUGCCCGAACUCCACCUAUGCUCAGACCAGUGGAUCCACAGAUUCCACAUCUGGUCAGUGUGAAAUCCCAAGGACCUUCCUUGCCUGCCUCUCAGUCACUGCAUGAACAGCCUACCAAGGGAAUGGCAGGGUUUCAGGAGGCUUUGACGGUGACCUCUCACCGCACUGAGAUGCCAAGGCAGAACUCGGACCCCACCUCCGAAAACCCUCCUCUCCCCACUCGUGUCGAAAAGUUUGACCGAAGUUCUUGGUUACGACAGGAGGAAGACAUUCCACCAAAGGUGCCUCAACGAACUACGUCCAUUUCACCUGCAUUAGCUCGGAAGAACUCUCCUGGGAAUGGGAAUGCAUUAGUUCCUCGGCCAGGAUCACAGCCAAUAAGAGCAAGUAACCCUGACCUACGGAGAACUGAGCCCAUAAUAGAAAACCCAUUACAGAGGACAAGCAGUGGCAGCUCUUCCAGUUCAAGCACCCCCAGCUCACAGCCCAGUUCGCAAGCAGGCUCACAACCUGGAUCCCAAGCUGGUUCUAGUGAACGUAAUCGAGCCAGAGGAAAUGCCAAGCCUGAAGGAUCACCCAUACUCCCUCAUGAGCCAGCUAAGAUAAAGCAGGAGGACAGCAAAGACAUGACACGACCAAGCCGACCUGCUGAUCUUACUGCCUUAGCAAAAGAACUGAGAGAGCUGCGUAUUGAGGAAACCAACCGGCCUUUGAAGAAAGUUACAGAUUACUCCUCCUCAAGUGAGGAGUCUGAAAGCAGCGAGGAGGAGGAGGAGGAUGGGGAGAGUGAGACGCAGGAUGGGACUGUGCCUGUCAGUGACAUCCCAAGGCUUAUACCAACGGGAAUUUCAGGAAACAACGAGGCCUACAACAUAGGAAUGGUGUCAAGUCAUGGGCUGGAACCAUCCCACACAGAUACAUUUAGCAGUAUAUCAAGAGAAGGGACUUUAAUGAUAAGGGAGACAUCGAGUGACAAAAAGCGCUCUGGCCACACUGCCAGCAAUGGCUUUGCUGGCCACGUCAACCUCCCAGAUUUGGUACAACAGAGCCACUCUCCUGCAGGCACACCGACCGAGGGCCUUGGGCGCGUCUCCUCCCACGGACAAGAGAUGGACUCUGUGGGCGAAAGCAGUCGCUUUCCAGACCAUCCUGUUCCUGUUCGUCAAGGCCAUGCAGGCAAUAUGGAAACAAACCGGUUUAUGUUGAAGUAUGGUAUGGGAAGUAGCACAAAAGCAUCUUUCACUCCUUUUGUGGAUACCAGAGUAUUUCAGACAUCUCCUACAGAUGAAGAUGAAGAUGAUGAUGAGGAGUCAGCUGCUACAGCAUUGUUUACCAGUGAGCUACUGAGGCAAGAACAGGCUAAGCUGAAUGAAGCAAGAAAAAUUUCUGUAGUAAAUGUGAACCCCACCAACAUUCGUCCUCAUAGUGACACGCCAGAGAUCCGAAAGUACAAGAAGCGCUUCAAUUCAGAAAUCCUCUGUGCAGCUCUUUGGGGUGUAAACUUAUUGGUGGGAACAGAAAAUGGACUAAUGCUGUUGGAUCGGAGUGGCCAAGGAAAGGUGUAUAAUCUGAUCAACAGGAGACGGUUUCAGCAAAUGGACGUGUUGGAAGGACUCAAUGUCCUUGUUACUAUCUCAGGAAAGAAGAACAAACUACGAGUUUAUUAUCUUUCAUGGUUAAGGAACAGAAUAUUACACAAUGACCCAGAGGUAGAAAAGAAGCAAGGCUGGAUCACUGUUGGAGAUUUGGAAGGCUGCAUACAUUAUAAAGUUGUGAAAUAUGAGAGAAUCAAGUUCUUGGUGAUUGCCUUAAAGAGUGCUGUAGAGAUAUAUGCUUGGGCUCCUAAACCAUAUCACAAGUUUAUGGCAUUUAAGUCUUUUGCAGAUCUCCAGCACAAGCCAUUGCUUGUUGAUCUCACAGUGGAGGAAGGCCAGAGGCUAAAGGUCAUCUUUGGUUCACACACUGGUUUCCAUGUCAUUGAUGUAGAUUCGGGGAAUUCGUAUGAUAUCUACAUACCAUGUCAUAUUCAGGGCAAUAUCACGCCUCAUGCCAUUGUCAUCUUGCCCAAAACGGAUGGAAUGGAGAUGCUUGUGUGCUAUGAGGAUGAAGGAGUGUACGUUAAUACCUAUGGACGCAUAACAAAAGACGUGGUACUCCAGUGGGGAGAAAUGCCGACUUCAGUUGCUUACAUCCAUUCUAAUCAGAUCAUGGGCUGGGGUGAGAAAGCUAUUGAGAUACGAUCAGUGGAAACAGGACAUUUAGAUGGAGUAUUUAUGCACAAGCGUGCCCAGCGAUUAAAGUUUCUAUGUGAAAGAAAUGAUAAGGUAUUUUUUGCAUCAGUGAGAUCUGGAGGAAGUAGCCAAGUUUUCUUCAUGACCCUCAACAGAAAUUCGAUGAUGAACUGGUAACAAAAGGGCACUUGGUGAAUACUUGGAUGCCGAGAUUCUUUAAUUUUAAAGGACAUUGGAACAUGUGGACUGACACUGUAGAGGCAGGCGAAGAAGACAUUGUGGAUCGCGUUGCUUCCUUCCGUGAACACACUCGCUUUCACGCAGACACGCUACAAGAAUACAACACACCUAUCCUAUUGUGGUUUUGGAAUGGAGGUUUACUCACGAUCCCAAGAAUGCUACAGUGUAUUUGGGCAGAAAAAAGACAAAUGCACACAAGGAUUAGCUGAAGUAAAUCUCUUUAAGGUUUUCAGAUUAAGCUGUGAUAGAGACGGUAUGAGUUUAGUUUUUGGGGUUUCUUUUCAUUCAGUUUAUUUUUUCCUUGUCUCUGUGUCAAUAGAGACAGAUCUAAGUGUCAAACAGAAUCUCCGUUUUAAUUUUGUCUGCCUGCUAGCAUCAAGUAUAUAGUAUGUUACAAGGCAGGCUUCCUCAGCCUGGUGCCCAGCCUGGUGCAGGUUGUGUUUUCAGCACAUCGGGGUGGCACCAGUUUGGGAAAGGCUGUUGUAAGAUUACCAUUUAAAACUGGUGAGAGACAGCACAAUAAAUGUACCAUUUUAUCUUUGUGUCAGAGGUCCUAACCAUAGAAGUGGCUAACUUUUGUAAAAUCUUUGCCUUUUACCAACAUUGUGUUGUAUUUUGCAAACAGGUUGACAAAUUUCAAAUGAGAGAAUUGAUGAGAUUUCCUUUCAUAUUAUUCUUGGAAAUCUAUUCUAAAUGGCUAAACUACUAGCCUUAAUCAAUAAUGCAAUCAUGGUACAUUUUCUUUCCAUUUUCGGUCAGUGUGACAGUUCAUACUUCUGUAUGGAUCUUCAUAUAAUGGUGCUCAUUGAGAGAGGAACAGCAGUGCCAUUCUAGUAACUGAUUCCCAGUGUUGGCCUUAGUAUUAUCUUGCCUUUCUCUAUGCUGUGAUACAACAAGUAUCUGUUGCAAACAAAGAAACAAACAAAGCAGACAAAGAAGUGGAGUCAUAGCAAGAUACUAAAAACUGGCUGGAGAGUGUUUGAUGAUUGAAGCAUUUAACUCAGACACAUCGAGUCUGGAUCCUACCUACUCUGUAUAGUUAUACUUUACUUAUUGGGGGAGGGAUGCUCUUUGUCAGUCGUGGUGGAUUGUUUGCCCUCCAUUAAAGAUCAUCAGAGCCAA